GCUGACUAGCCUCUUUCUUUCCGGUUGUCAAUAAGUGCCGUGCAUCCUCUACCACUAAAAAAUGGCCGACGUUGAUAUUGAUGUGCCCUCUGCAGCCCCAGUUUUGGGUGGUGCCAUGGACAUUAACACCGCUCUCCAGGAAGUUCUGAAGAAGUCUCUGAUUGCCGAUGGUUUGGUCCAUGGCAUCCAUCAGGCUUGCAAGGCUUUGGACAAGCGUCAAGCUGUCCUGUGCAUUUUGGCUGAAUCUUUCGAUGAGCCCAACUACAAGAAACUGGUCACUGCCCUGUGCAAUGAGCAUCAGAUUCCUUUGAUCCGUGUGGACUCGCACAAGAAGCUGGGCGAAUGGUCUGGUUUGUGCAAGAUCGACAAGGAAGGAAAGCCACGUAAGGUUUGCGGUUGCUCCGUGGUGGUCAUCAAGGAUUUCGGUGAGGAAACACCCGCUUUAGAUGUGGUUAAGGACCAUCUCAGACAGAACAGUUAAACACUGUGUCAAGUCUGUUGAAUGAGAGACCACAUGUUUUUUUUACAUCUUAUUAAGUUGAAAAAAAUACAAGACAAAUAAAAGAAAAACUAAAAUUUUAAA